AGCACAUCGGUACAGCCACUAAUGCGCUUGAGUUAUUUGAGUCCUGUCAUUCCGGGUGGCCACUUGGAGUUUUCAUUUGAAUUCAUGGUUUUUCAGCAGCACAGAUGUCCGAAAGCCACUAGGAUUGCUUGCGGUCGAGUCACAAUUUCCAGAAGGUGACGUAAAGUGGGAUUUUUAUGACUCUUUGCCAAAUGGAUCCUGUUUCAAGUUCCCCCUAAUCUGUGGCUUUGAGCGAAAGAAAAUUACCCAAAUUAAGGUUAGUAAAAAGUUGGACCAACUGUGAGCAAAAAUAGACAAAUACGGCCGGGCUGUCUCUCGAAUGUGAGAAGAAAAAGCAGGUCAGUCGUGACAAGUUUAUCAUCAAAUUUGCAGCUAUUGAGGCAGAAAAACGGACUGGAUUAUAACACCAAUCACUACAGCAAAACACUUGUACGUUGGUGACGUGGCGGUUCGCGGCUCCCAUGGCUGCGGCCAGCGUGACCCCUCCCGGCUCCCUAGACGUGUUGCAGCCCGGCUUCUCAAAGACCCUGCUGGGGACCAAGCCAGAGGACAAGUACCUGUGCUCGGCCUGCAGGAACGUCCUGCGCAGGCCCUUCCAGGCACAGUGCGGCCACCGCUACUGCUCCUACUGCCUGACCAGCAUCCUGAGCUCCGGGCCUCAGAACUGUGCCGCCUGUGUGCACGAAGGCAUAUACGAAGAGGGCAUCUCUAUUUUGGAAAGCGGUUCGGCGUUCCCGGACAACGCUGCGCGCAGGGAGGUGGAGAGCCUGCCGGCCGUGUGUCCCAGCGACGGCUGCACCUGGAAGGGGACCCUGAAAGAGUAUGAGAGCUGCCACGAGGGACACUGCCCGUUCAUGCUGACCGAGUGCCCGGCGUGCAGAGGCCUGGUUCGCCUCGGGGAGAAGGAGCGGCACUCGGAACAAGAGUGCCCAGAGAGGAGCCUCAGCUGCAGGCACUGCCGGGCGCCCUGCUGCUGGGCCGACCUGAAGGCGCACCACGAAGUCUGCCCCAAGUUCCCCCUGACCUGUGACGGCUGUGGCAAGAAGAAGAUCUCCCGCGAGAAAUUCCAGGACCACGUCCGGGCAUGUGGCAGAUGCCGAGUCCCGUGCAGGUUCCGUGCUGUCGGCUGCCCCGAGAUGGUGGAGAGUGAGAAGCAGCAGCAGCACGAGGCCCAGUGGCUCCGGGAGCACCUGGCCAUGCUGCUGGGCGGCCUCCUGGAGGCCAGGCACCCGUCGGGGGCCGAUGGCCGCUUCCUGGGCCAAGGCGAGGUCGGGGGCUGGGAAGCUGGCACGCUGCACCCCGAGGCCGAGCUCCCCAAGGCCGCGGAGCUCCGGCAGCGGUGUGAGGCCCUGGAGAGGAAGACGGCCACCUUCGAGAACAUCGUCUGCGUCCUGAACCGGGAGGUGGAGAGGGUGGCCAUGACCGCCGAGGCCUGUGGCCGGCAGCACCGACUGGACCAGGACAGGAUCGAGGCCCUGAGUAACAAGGUGCAGCAGCUGGAGAGGAGCAUCGGCCUGAAGGACCUGGCCAUGGCCGAGCUGGAGCAGAAGGUCCACGAGAUGGAGGCGUCCACCUUUGACGGCGUGUUUAUCUGGAAGAUCUCGGAUUUCGCCAGGAAGCGCCAAGAAGCUGUGGCUGGCCGCACGCCCGCCAUCUUCUCUCCAGCCUUCUACACGAGCAGGUAUGGCUACAAGAUGUGUCUGCGCAUCUACCUGAACGGAGAUGGCACCGGGCGCGGGACACACCUGUCCCUCUUCUUUGUGGUGAUGAAGGGCCCCAACGACGCCCUCCUGCGGUGGCCCUUCAACCAGAAGGUGACCUUAAUGCUGCUUGACCAGAACAACCGGGAGCAUGUGAUCGACGCCUUUAGACCCGACGUGACCUCGUCCUCCUUCCAGAGGCCGGUCAGUGACAUGAACAUCGCGAGCGGCUGCCCCCUCUUCUGCCCCGUUUCCAAGAUGGAGGCCAAGAAUUCCUACGUGCGCGAUGACGCCAUCUUCGUCAAGGCCAUUGUGGACCUGACGGGGCUCUAGCCGCCUCCCACCAGCGUCAGGGGUCAGGAGCAGCUGGGCCCGGCGGCUCGGUGAGGAGCCACCACGCUGGGCCUGAGCCUCGCUGCGGGUGGGCGCCUGCCGCCUUCGUGGCCCACCGGGACGGGGCCGCCUCCUGGGAGAGGCCGCUCAGCCCGGGCUGCGUGGGGUGGGCUGCAGGCCCGUCGGUCCCUCCGAGGGCUGUCCGUGUAGGUGCUCGGGGCGGAGUGAGCGGAGCGGGCAAGGUGGGCCGGCACCUUGUCCUGCCCUGUGGCCCCCGGAGAGAAGGGACGCGCUCAGGCCUGGCCGCUGCUCUGAGGAGGGGUCCUGCUGUGCAGGCCAGCGGGCAGGGAGGGCGCUCUGUGUCCUCAGGGCCUCCCGUCAGCCGCCCCCGGGGCAAACGUGGGGUGCACGUUGGGCCCUGCUGUGAGACGUGGUGCGGUAGCUGCCCCGUCGGGCUGUGGAGGAGUCGUUAUUAAACUGUUAAAUCUC